AAUGAUGAGAUUGUUCAGAAGAAGUGCUUGAAUGAACAAAUAAGGACAGGAGAAGCUCGUUUCAGCUAUCUGGAAUGGAAGCAUCAGUUUAUAAUGGCAGAGAUGUAUAAGGAUACCUGUGAAGUGGCACAACAGACGACACCUCUCAUGCAGGAAGAAGUGAGGGCAGCAUCAAAAGGGGAUAAGCUCCCACCCAACUCUGAAGUUUAUGGGCUCCUGACUGUCCUUAUGGAUUGGAUCUCAGACGAGCACCUCAGCAAAGUCAAGAGACAAGAAGAAAGAGAGAACGGUCAGAAACCUCAGUCCAGUGGGAGAACCUACAUCCAGGAGAGGUGUCUGAAGGUAAGGGGACGUGAGUUUGCUCUGGUUCAUGCGUUCUCAGAUUCACGUAUAUACUGACUGAUUUGACUGGGAGAGCAGAAAAGGUCAGCCUGUUUUGUAUAGACCUGGGGCAGAGUAAUGGAAGCAGAACGACAGUUCCUAGGUCAGAAUUAAUGCCAGCAGUCAGAUGGGGUGGCUGAGCUGUCACUUGUAAAACAGAGCCAUCGUUGUGAAGGAAGAGUGUCGUGCUCAGUCUCAACUUGCCAGUUUCAGCCUGUCUUUUGUUACCAGUGGCUUUUGCC